CUCCUUUAGAUUCCUGAACCUGAAGAACACGUGUCGCUUGGAGGCGCCAUCGUUGCACAUUUUCGCUCAUAUCCACUCAGACUGUUCCCCGCGGCCGACACUGUGUGUCUGAUACAAGUCACACGAAAAUCCCGAUUCUACAAUCUACAAACCUCCAAGGGCAGCGGAUGGGUCCUAUCAACGACCGGCGUCUUCGUUUAGGAAUUGGAUUGAGAAAGGAGGGCCAUUUGAACCCGAGAAGGGUAGGUUGCAAGACACCUAAGACGUUAUUAACACACAAUUCACCCUUCUAGAUCGAUACCAUCUCUAUGUGGCCUAUAUAUGUCCUUGGGCAGGACGUACUCUGAUUAUGAGAAAUCUCAAAGGACUCCAAGAUUUUAUACCCGUCACUGUGGCCUCCUCCCUCAAGGGUCCCCUGGGAUGGGCGUUCGCCAAAGUUGAUUCUGAGUUACCAGGAACUGAGGUCGAUCCUUUGUACGAUUCCGAGCGUGUCAGGGAUCUAUACUUGAGAGCCGAUCCCAAUUAUACCGGAAGGUAUACAGUCCCUGUACUUUGGGACAAGAAGACUCAAACUAUCGUGAACAAUGAGAGUUCAGAGAUCAUUCGAAUCUUCAACACCGCGUUUGAUGAUCUCCUCCCAGAAGAAUAUGCAAAAAUAGACUUGUAUCCGAAAGGAUUGCAAACCGAGAUAGACCAGAUGAAUGAGUGGAUGUAUUCGGAUAUCAACAACGGAGUAUAUCGGACAGGAUUCGCCGGGUCGCAAGAAACGUAUGAGAAAGCCGUCAAGACUCUGUUCGAUGCUCUAGAUAGGGCGGAAGGCAUCCUGCAAGAAGAGAAGGAAUAUCUGGUUGGAAAUCGACUGACCGAAGCUGAUAUCCGUUUGUGGGUAACUGUGAUUCGACACGAUCCGGCGUACCACGGGAACUUCAAAUGCAACAUCAAGGACAUUCGAAGUGGUUACCCUGCCAUCAACAGAUGGAUGAAAGAGUUGUACUGGAACAACGAGGCUUUCAGAUCCUCAAUUGAUUGGCACCAUAUUAAAGCCGGGUAUUAUAGCCUGAUUGAAGUCAACCCGACUCGUAUUUAUCCAUUGGGUCCAAUACCAGAUAUUGAGCCGCUCUAA